AUGAGAGAAAUCCCUGUGAUGUACGUGUUCUCUGCCAAGUGGUCUGCUGGGAAGAAGCAUUGCAUUGCGGAUGCCUUGAGCAGGGCGCCGUUUUUCCCAGCAGAUAAUGACCUCAACAUUGACGUCUGCGCUGCAAUUGACAUUGAUGACCCGGCUCUUGAACUUAUAACUCACAACGUGGACGACGAGUACAUUGACUUGCGCAAUCACGUGCGUGCCGGCUGCCCUAACCCUUUGCCUGGCCAUUUGUCUACAUUUUUACCUCUGCUUGAUGGGCUUUGCGUUGAAAACCAGAUCAUGCUUCAUGGCAUGAAACUAGUGAUUCCUCGUCCGGCUCGUCCUCAACUCCUUGACAUGCUUCAUGCUUCCCAUUCCGGGAUGAACAAGAUGGCUGCCUUGGCGCGGCAGCUAUAUGUGUGGCCUGGAAUGCAAAACGAUGUUAAGAAUAAGGUAGCAGGGUGUGUCUCAUGCCUUAAGCACUUGCCUUCUCUUCCUAAGGAAACCCUCCUCCCAGAGGCUGCCGCAUUCCCCAUGGAGAAGGUUUCAGUCAAUUUAUUCGAGAUUGACAGGAUCCACUACCUUCUUAUGGUUGACCGUUUCAGUGGCCUUCCAUUUGUGGCAUGGUUGCGGAAUUUGUCGACCUCCACAGUUUGUGACAUUCUGUUUCUGUGGUUUUGCGACGUCGGUUUUCCGCGAUAUCUGAAGAGUGACAAUGGGCCACAGUUCCGCGGGGAAUUCCAGGAUUUCUGCCGCAAGCAUAACAUCAGGUUCGAGACGUCAUCUCCAUAUAACUCCCAAAGCAACGGUUUGGCGGAGGCGGCUGUAAAAUCCAUGAAAACACUUUUGAAGAAGGUGGACCAAAAUGAAAAAGAGUUUCGCGCAGCUUUACUUGCUUGGCGUUCUACUCCACGGUAUGACGGGUUUAGCCCGGCGUAUGGCUUCUUCAGACGCGACUUGCGAGGUCAAUUGCCUGAUUGUCGCGAGCAAUCACCACCUGUCUCUCCGGAGUUUGACGCUGCCAGAUUAUGCUCCUUGGAGCGUUCCCUCAACCGUGAUCAGGGGCACAAUUUGGAGGCUCUACCUGUGGGUGCUUGUGUCUUGGUCCAGGAUUGCAUCUCUGGUGACUGGAGGCCUGGGGGUGUGAUCCUCAAACGGCUGGAUAAUGGUCGUUCUUACCGUGUCCCCACUCCGUGCGGGGAGUAUCAUCGGAAUCGCCGGUUUUUACGUUUGGACCACUCUGUGCCUCCGCCUGAUCCGGAUGACACGUUAAUUGAAAAGCCCCCACUCUCUCCCCGUCGCAGUGGGUGGACCCAAAGGAACGUCUCAUUCCUUGGGAUCAAUCAUAUUUUUUAA